CAGCAAUUUGUUGAUGGCAGAGAAAUCCUUCAUGUGUUACUGGGCAGAGCCACCCCUUUUGGUGUGACCUACGGAGAAGUUAUGGAAGAACGGAAGGUGGAGGGAUGUGAUGGACGGGAGGAGGGAUGGCUGGAAGGAGCUGGGAAUCGGGCUAGAGAGGUCUGACAGCCCAGGGGAGAGGCUGCCGCUGGCAGGACUGUGGCUAAGUGAGAAAUUAGGGAAGUAAAGGAGCGUUAAAUCCCAGUGCUCUGGGAAGGGGGAGCAAAUACCAUGUUAAUGGAUCAAGUUAUGGUGAAUAAAGAAGAAAGGAAGCUGUAAGCUCAAGAAGGCUUUUUUUCUUAUAAGGAGGAGAACACUCUUCAUCCUUUAGUUCACUUGUAUCCAGAGUGAAUGACUUUAUAGCUACAGGAGUUUAAGCUUAUUGGAGGAAAAUGCCUUUUUUUUGCCUUUUUUUUUUUCCCAACUAUUUUACUGGGGAAAGGAUUUGCAAAUGAGAGUUGGAGCAAAGAAAAUCUGCGGAGAGCAAGUUUAACCAUUUCUGAGCAUAGGAGCUGGUGGCCAGUGGGCAGAACUGGUUUGAAUCUGUCCAGGAGAGCAGCACCGUUUGUCCAGAUGCAGCAGUCGGGAUGUGGGAACAAAACAGUGGGACUGUGAGUGCUGUGCAUGUUCCCAUGGAUGGGAAACCAACACUUGGCUUUGUGGGAUGUCAAUUGUCUGUCACUGCUCUGCUUUCAAGGGUGUUUGAGAUGUAAAGACAUCCUUGUGAGAUCUUUGCUGCUUGGUGUGUUGCUCGAGUUGGGUGCCUGGGAGCUCUGGCACGGACUAUAAAUAGAACAAUGGAUGGAGCAAUUUGGCAGGUAUAAAAUGCGGAAUUAAGGAGCGUUGUGACAAACACACACACCUGGGUGAGCUCGGGAGCUGACGCUGUGUGAGGGGCCGGGCAGAGCAUCCCAUCUGCUCCCUGCCACCGGAGUCACGGAGCUGCUGCUCCACAUCCCGCAGAGAGCUGCCCUGGAGUGGAAUUUAAAGCUUUGCUUGCCUUGGAUUGGUUUGGACUUGGAUUGGUUUUCACCUGCUGACUUUAAAGUCCCGCUUCAUCGGUGACUUUUUUUGCACUUUUUCAAUUUUUGCUGCGGUCACCGCAGAGAAGCUUGUGGAAGGAAGGGAUGGCGUGGCACGACAAAGGUGGCAUUCCAGAGGCUGUUCUGAGAGGACCUCGCUGCCGAAAUGGAUUUACCCCCACGCUGGGUUACAGCAGGAGCUCUGUGCGGGGCCGGCGGCGGCGCUGCCUGGCCCUGCUGCGGCGCAUGACCCGCAACUGCAGAGUAUGCUGCUUGGAGAUGACAACCAAAAGGAAGAUCAUCGGCCGCCUGGUGCCGUGCCGGUGUUUCCGAGGGGAGGAAGAGAUCGUGUCCGUGUUGGAUUACUCUCACUGUGGCCUGCAGCAGGUGCCAAAGGAGGUUUUUAAUUUUGAGAGGACCUUGGAGGAGCUUUACCUUGAUGCCAACCAGAUUGAAGAGCUACCCAAGCAACUGUUCAACUGUCAGGCUUUACGGAAGCUGAGCAUCCCUGACAACGACCUGUCCAGCCUCCCCACCACCAUCGCCAGCCUCGUGAACCUCAGAGAGCUUGAUAUCAGUAAAAAUGGAAUUCAAGAUUUUCCAGAAAAUAUCAAGUGUUGUAAAUGUUUAACGAUUAUCGAAGCCAGUGUGAACCCCGUGUCCAAGCUGCCAGAUGGCUUCACACAACUUCUAAAUCUGACCCAGCUCUAUCUAAAUGAUGCCUUUUUGGAGUUUCUUCCAGCUAACUUUGGAAGACUUGUCAAAUUGCGAAUUUUGGAGUUAAGAGAAAACCACUUGAAAACUCUACCAAAGUCAAUGCACAAACUGACUCAGCUGGAGAGACUUGAUCUGGGCAAUAAUGAAUUCUCUGAACUGCCUGAGGUUCUCGAACAAAUUCAGAAUCUAAAGGAACUGUGGAUGGACAAUAAUUCUUUGCAAGUGCUUCCUGGGUCUAUAGGGAAGUUAAAACAGCUCGUGUACCUGGAUGUGUCCAAAAACAGGAUAGAAACUGUGGAUUUGGACAUCUCGGGAUGUGAAGGGCUUGAGGAUCUCCUGUUGUCAUCCAACAUGCUGCAGCAGCUGCCAGAUUCCAUUGGGCUGUUGAAGAGGCUGACAACUCUGAAAGUAGAUGACAACCAGCUCACAAUUCUGCCCAAUGCCAUUGGAAAUUUGUCUUUGUUAGAAGAAUUUGACUGCAGCUGCAAUGAAUUGGAGUCCCUGCCCUCCACCAUCGGGUACCUCCACAACCUGAGGACCUUGGCUGUGGAUGAGAAUUUCCUCCCAGAGCUGCCCAGAGAAAUUGGAAGCUGUAAAAACGUUACGGUGAUGUCUCUGCGCUCCAACAAGCUGGAAUUUCUUCCCGAUGAAAUUGGGCAGAUGCAGAAGUUGAGAGUGUUAAACCUGAGCGAUAACAGACUGAAGAAUUUACCCUUCACUUUUACUAAGCUCAAAGAACUUGCAGCUUUGUGGCUUUCUGACAACCAGUCCAAGGCUCUCAUCCCGCUGCAGACAGAGGCACAUCCUGAAACCAAGCAGCGAGUGCUGACCAACUACAUGUUCCCCCAGCAGCCCCGCAGUGAUGAAGAUUUCCAGUCGGACAGUGACAGUUUUAACCCCACUCUGUGGGAGGAGCAGAGGCAGCAGCGCAUGACUGUGGCAUUUGAGUUUGAAGACAAAAAGGAAGAGGAGGAAAACCCAGGGAAAGUUAAAGUUGAAAUAAAUCUAAAACGUUACCCCACUCCCUACCCGGAGGAUUUAAAGAAUAUGGUCAAAUCAGUCCAAAACCUGGUGGGCAAACCCAGCCAUGGAGUGCGGCCCGAGAACUCUGCACCCGCUGCCAACAGUGACCAAGGGGUGAAAGACAAGUAUGAGCACAAAUGGCCCAUGACACCCAAGGAGAUUUCAGUGGAGGUUCAAGAUAAAGAAAAUAAAGAAUUCCCAAAGAAUCCCCUGUCUGAGACAGAGAACACUCAGGAAUCACCUCUGGAAGCCUCAGACAGGGAGGAGAAAGCCGAGGGCACCAAGAGUUCAGAGGAUGCCUUUGGACAUCCUGCCAGUGAGAUGAGGAUAGGGGAGCUCCGUCCUUCCAUGCCUGAGACUCCGUUGUACCCCCCCAAACUCGUUCUGCUGGGUAAAGACAAGAAAGAGUCGACAGAUGAGUCUGAAGCAGAUAAGAUCCAUUGUCUGAAUAACAGCGUUUCCUCAGGCACUUACUCAGACUAUUCCCCUUCCCAGGCUUCCUCAGGGUCCUCCAAUGCGCACGUUAAAAUGGGCUCCUUGCAGACAACGGCUAAAGAAGCAGUGAAUAACUCUCUGUGGGGGAACAGGCUGGCACAGUCGUUCCCGCAGCCCCUGGAGACCAAGCCAUUGCUGAGCCAGCGGGAAUCGGCUCCAGCCGGGAACCUGCCGGCGCGGCCGGAACGGCGCCCGCUGAGCGACACGUUCACCGAGGGCUGGACCGACAGUUCCCACUACGACAACACAGGGUUUGUGGCCGAGGAAAGCACAGUGGAGAACCCCAGCGCCAACCCCCUGCUCACCACCAAAUCGAGGAGCUCAUCUGCACACGGGCGCAGGCCACUGAUCCGACAGGACAGGAUAGUUGGCAUCCCUCUGGAGCUGGAGCAGCCGACGCUCAGAAACACACACGAAUCUGAAGUGCCUCCUCCCAAUCCUUGGCAAAAUUGGACCAGAACCCCUAGUCCCUUUGAAGACAGGACAGCUUUUCCUUCCAAACUGGAAAGCACUCCCACCACCAGCCCUUUGCCCGAGCGGAAAGAUCAUGUCAAAGAGUCUCCUGAAAUGACAAGUACUUUCCCCCCAGGAAUAGCAUGGGAAUAUCACGACUCAAAUGCUAACAGAAGCCUCACAAACGUCUUUUCCCAUAUUCACUGUCGCCCAGAUCCUUCCAAAAACGUCAUUUCCAUCAGCAAGAGCACAGAGCGGCUUUCCCCAAUGAUGAGGGAUUUAAAAACGAACAAGUUUAAGAAGUCUCAGAGUAUCGAUGAGAUAGACAUUGGUACAUACAAGGUGUACAACAUCCCCCUAGAAAACUAUGCAUCCGGGAAUGAUACUGUAGGGCCUCACGAGAGGGUGGACAAGCUGCUGGGCCCGGAGCAUGGCAUGCUGAGCAUGUCCCGCAGCCAGUCUGUGCCCAUGCUGGACGACGAGCUGCUGACCUACGGCAGUGUCAAGGUGCAGCCGCAGCAGAAAUCGUCUGUCACCAAGAAAGUCUACCAGUUUGACCAAAGCUUCAACCCCCAGGGUACUGUGGAGGUCACGGCCGACAAGAGACUCCUGCCGCCCUUCCAGCUCAACCCCGAAUACAUCCCCCAGCCACCCAAAAACCUGCCCCAGGAGCUGGUGAGCCCGCGGGGGUACCGCGGGUAUGCACCCGUGGAGCCCAUGUUCUCCUUCUCGCAGCCCUCGGUGAGCGAGGAGCCUGUGGGGCCCCCCUUUGGCAGCCAGGGCACACGGCCAGGCUUCCUGCGCAGGGCGGAUUCACUGGUCAGCUCCACCGAGAUGUCCAUGUUCCGCAGAGUCAGCGAGCCCCAGGAGCUGCCCCCGGGCGACAGGUACGGCCGGGCCCCGUUCCGCGGGGCGGCCGAGCGCCAGAGCGGCAUGGCCGUGCCUGAGGCACAGUUCCUCAAGCGCAACGGGCGCUACGAAGAUGAGCUCCCUUCCUACCAGGAGGUGAAAGCCCAGACUGGGAGCUUCCCAGUUAAAAACCUCACGCAAAGGAGGCCCUUGUCCGCACGAAGCUACAGUACAGAGAGCUACGGCACAUCCCAAACCCGGCCCGUCUCAGCGAGGCCGACAAUGGCAGCGCUGCUGGAAAAGAUUCCGUCAGACUAUAACUUGGGUAACUAUGGCGACAAGCCUUCCGAUAACAGUGAUAUAAAGCCAAGGCCUCCCCCUGGGAAGGGAAAUGAGAGCUGUGCUAAAAUGCCCGCUGACUGGAGACAACAGCUACUUAGACAUAUAGAAGCUAGAAGGUUAGACAGGACCGCUGCUUACAAACACCACACAGUUAGCCUUGGCAUGCUGCACUCUGGAGGGGUUUCAGCAAUGCAUGCCGGCCGAAGCAUGACUUUAAACUUGCAGACUAAAUCUAAAUUUGAAAACCAAAUGCUUCAAGAGCUACCUCUACCGAAAACCCCGUCGCAGCAGAGCAGCAUCCUGGACAACGGGCAGGACGAGGUGUCCGUGGGCAGCCAGUGGAACCCGUACCCGCUGGGGCGGCGGGACGUGCCCCCCGACACUGUCACCAAGAAGGCAGGUAGCCACAUCCAGACCCUCAUGGGAUCCCAGAGCCUGCAGCACCGGAGCCGGGAGCAGCCCUACGAGGGGAGCAUGAACAAGGUCACCAUCCAGCAGUACCAGCCACCCCUGCCCAUACAGAUCCCGGCAGCCCAGAGCUCCCGAGCCCCCCAGACCGGGCGGUGCCUCAUCCAGACCAAGGGCCAGCGGAGCACCGACGCCUACCAGGAGCAGUUUUGUGUGAGGAUAGAGAAGAAUCCUGGCCUGGGGUUUAGUAUCAGUGGUGGAAUAAGUGGACAAGGAAAUCCAUUCAAACCUUCCGAUAAGGGUAUCUUUGUUACUAGGGUUCAGCCUGACGGCCCCGCGUCCAGCCUGCUCCAGCCCGGGGACAAGAUCCUGCAGGCCAAUGGACACAGCUUUGUACAUAUGGAACAUGAGAAGGCUGUGCUUCUACUGAAGAGUUUCCAGAACACAGUAGACCUUGUUAUUCAACGUGAGCUUACUGUCUAAAUAUUUUUUUAUAAAUAGUAAAUAUGUCUAGCCAGAUCUAAUGUUCAAACAGAUUUAUACAUAGGAAACCAAUUUUUUGCCAAUUGCUGGACCAAUGGCAAACAGUAGUGCCAAAUGUAUAAUACUCUAUGUUAGUACCAAUCAUCGGGAAAAAUAUAUUAACUAUAUAAAUAUA